CCUGCUUGAAGACUCAGAUAUUCAGCAUCUAACAUCAAUUUUACUCCUCGUUCUUGAGCAUGCUAAAAGAAAAACAACUUCAUGGUCAAACAACUUGAUUUCUGGCAACAAAAAAUGUGGAUCAGUUUUGUUGGGAAGGAAUUUGGACUGCAAUGAAGAAACAAGAUUUAUCCAGCUUGAAAAAUGUCCUUCAUGAACCUUAUAUGGAUGGAAUGGAUAGAAAAGAAUGGAGAUGUACUACCUCAUGAUUUGAAUCAAGUGCUUUUGACCAAGUUGUGACACUCAGCUCAGAGGGCCUCUUGUCGUGGUUUACUUUGUAGUCAGAAAGCAAAUCUGUUACUUCUCUCUGAAAUGCAGUGUGUUGGUCCUAGUUUGUGAAUGAAGUUUUUCUUACCACGGCAUCUGAACUGAUGAAUGGAGUUAUUUUUGUUUGGGCAAAGCAUCCAAGAGAAGCUUAAAGGUAGAAUUGAGGCAAGGCAAUCCUGAACGAGGCAUUGGUUUAAGAUUGUUUGUCGUCAUAUAUUGUUGAAAUGGCGUUGGAAUUGGUGCUAAAAUCGCUCCUCACUUCGACAAAGUUUACGAGUUCAAGUGAAGAUGAAAAAGAUUGGGUUUCCAUUGCAAAAUUGAUCCCGGGAGCAACGCCGAAGCAGUGUGCAAAGAAAUGGGAUGAACUCUGCCACAACAGACUCUUUAUCGCACCAGGCAGUGAUCUCAAUGAUGAUCUGGAUAGUGUUGCUAAUUAUUUACUCCACAAGCAAGAUAAAAGUCCGGAUGAGUUGAUCCAUGCAGUUGAAGAUGAUGGUGUUUCUAUUGAUAAAGAUGUUUCUUUAACAGAACAAACCUCAGAGAAAGAAGUUUCAAGCAAAAUAAAAACUGAAAAUGUCACUGAUCAGAAGAAGGAUUCAAUGAUGGUGAAUAAGAAAUUUAAACCCAAGCAGCCAUCAACUGAUGGACCUAAAAUGGUGAUUCAUGUCUGUGAUGAAAGUAAGAAUUUGAAGCAAGACUUCUUGUGUCCUCGGGACUUGCUGGUGAACGAGAUGAAAUAUUUUGCGGAGUACCUCUCUCUGGAACCCCAACGCUGGGAGGAAGUGGACAUCUCUGUGCAUUGUGAUGUGCAGAUAUUUGAUUGGUUAAUGAGAUAUGUUAAACGUGAUGCAACAAACAGUGAUGAUGAUGUUGUACCAGGAUUAGAACCAAAUAAUGUUAUUUCAAUUUUAAUCUCAUCAGAUUUUUUAAGGAUGGAUUCUUUGGUCACGAAAUGUAUUCAUUACUGUCAUGAAAAUAUGUCUGCUAUUGUCUCAACACCCUGCAAUAUGAAUUGCAUCAAUGAUAAAUUAGUAACCAGGAUAAGUAAAUUAUUUAAUCAUUCAGAAUUAGAUGCAGUCAAAGAUAGAAAAGACAAAUUUAAAAGUAAGUUAUUUUGUAAGAAAAUUGAAGAGUUUGUUGAAGGUUCACCUGGAACAAAUAGCUCCAGUCAAGAGGAUGCAAGCACUUUAUUCAGAUGUGUUGCCUGCAAGAGAUUGCUGACUGCAAAGAAUCAGUGUAAGGUGCCUUGUGUUUUAAACAGAAUGCAUGUUGACUCAAGAGGGGAGAUUUCCUAUUCACAUUCUCGUGACGCAUUAUGGGAUAUUAACGAUCAUCUCGUGAGUUUAAAAGAGAAGUUGAAAACUUGGCGUGAUGUUUAUUGGAGGUUGUGGGGAUCAACUAACAUCCUGUAUUGUCACCAAUGUCGAUGUUAUUUUCCCUGCACCGAGCUUGGUCAUUGUCAGUAUCACACUUCAUCGUCGGAGUAUAAAGGUAAAUCUGAUGAUUUGGCUGGCGUUUAUCCGUGUUGUCAGCAGAAGGCUUUGCUUUACGAUUCCAUCGGCGUUUUCACGGGCUGUCGUGUCAAGGAUCAUCUUCUUCAACCCCCAGGGUCCCCUACCGUCCCCAGUGACCCUGAUGAUAACAAUGAACAACAAGACAAGAGUUCAUCUUUGGAAAGGAUCCCGUCCACAUCGUCCUCUCACGAAGCAACGAAACGUCAAAACAGUAAAAAUAUUGUGAAUGAUCCUACGAUAAUAAAUGAUCUGUUGGCUCACCGAGAUAUCAUCUGUUUACCUUAUCAAAGACUGGCCAGUGCUAGAACAUCGGAACUGAAUAUUUUCAACGAAGACGAAUCAAUUCAAGACUGGAAGUCGUCACGGCAUGUCUCCCACAAGUUUCCUGGUAAUGUGAUGGAUAAAAGAGCCGUUGUGGAUCGUUCAUCUUCAUUACCACCAAUCAAACGGACCAAGACGAACUUGUCUCAGCGAAUGCCGAGCGCUCGGCGGAAGACGGCGAUCUUGCAGAAUAACGAGUAUCUUGAUUCUAAUGACGAUGAAGAGGAGGGGGAAGAAGAACUACGAAAUAUCAAAGUUCAUCAUUUUCGUCGCAUCAAGAAACGAUUAACUGCUGAAGAAAGACAAAGUUCAUCAGGGUUCAGGUGGGACCCGCAGCGGUCACCAAGAUGGAACCAAGACGCCCAGAGAGAGGAAGAUUCCAAAAGAAUGAACGAGGUAAUAACCACAAUGGCAAAACUCAGAUCAGCGACGACACAAGAAAAGAAGUCAAAAAGUAAAGAGUUUCCUGGUGGAAUAUUUCACAAACUCGACCAUCAAUUUCGUGUUUCAAUCCAACCGCCCGUCGUCAAACACCAGAACUCAAACAAUCAAAUUUUGUCAAGUUCUCGUGGAAAGAGGAUCGGCAAGAGUUGACAUUAAAUUUGCCUUCUCGAAAAUGAAAUAUCCUGGACUUGGAAUUUUUUCGUUCGUGUCCUGAAAAUGACUUUUCUUGCUCUCUAAAUAGUAAGUUAUCAGUGGGAGAUCCUUACUCCAAAAUUGCUUCUGCAAUAUCUGGAUUAAAACACUUCAAAAAAGACAGCCAACAGUGGGCAGAGCUAGAGACUGUAAUACAGUAUCCUGGUCAUGACAACAUUGGUUGAAACAAUUAUUUAUUGUGAACGCUACAAUUGCUCUUAGCAGUAUUCAGACGUGUUCAAUAGAUGUACAUAAAAUGAUUUUUAGACUUGUCUAUGAAAACAGCCUGUUUUAGUUGAAUAUCUUGUAAAGAGAGCAGUUUCAUUGAGCAGUUUUGUAGUCAUUG